UGUAUUGUUGCAAAGUAAUUGUCAUGGCUUCGGAACGGUAUAGUUUUUCGUUAACAACUUUCAGCCCAUCUGGAAAGCUAGUCCAGAUCGAGUAUGCUUUAGCAGCUGUGGCUGCUGGAGCAUCUAGCGUUGGCAUCAAAGCAUCAAAUGGAGUUGUUCUUGCUACGGAGAAUAAACACAAAUCUAUUUUGUACGAUGAACAUAGUGUGAAGAAAGUAGAAAUGAUUACAAAACAUAUUGGGAUGAUAUAUAGUGGAAUGGGUCCAGAUUAUAGGUUAUUAGUAAAACAAGCACGUAAAAUGGCACAACUAUAUCAGCUUGUUUACCAGGAACCAAUACCUACUGCACAGCUGGUACAAAGAGUUGCCAUGCUUAUGCAAGAAUACACGCAAUCUGGAGGAGUCCGACCUUUUGGAGUAUCUUUGCUAAUUUGUGGCUGGGAUAACGGCAAACCAUAUCUAUAUCAAUGUGAUCCUUCUGGUGCAUACUUUGCGUGGAAGGCCACUGCAAUGGGUAAAAACUUUGUAAAUGGAAAAGUGUUUCUGGAGAAAAGAUACAGCGAGGAUUUGGAAUUGGACGAUGCUGUUCACACUGCCAUUUUAACGUUAAAGGAAGGAUUUGAGGGUCAAAUGACAGCUGAUAAUAUAGAAGUUGGUAUUUGUGAUGCGAACGGCUUUAGAAGAUUGGAUCCUUCCAAUAUUAAGGAUUACCUUGCUAAUAUCCCUUAAUUUUAAGCUAUUUUUAUGUCACACUGUUACAGUGAUUUUCACAUGGUUUAAGAGACAA